UUCCAAUCCUGGUCCACUCGAAGGAAACGCGUUUCUCUAAUAACAACCGGUUUUAGCUCGAUGGGAACCUCAUCUCUCUGAGCAUUGGCGUGCACUGCAUCCAUGGUGAAGAACGGCAUUCUAUCUGAUGUUGCCGUAGAGAGAGUGCGAGCGCAAGAUCAGAACUGCACCGCAUGACUACACAUCGGAUUGGCUCUGGCAGUGCGACUUCGAGCAGAGCUGCGAGAGAAGGGAGGAUCGAAUCACAUCGCAUGCGACCAAGUAGGACGGGCCUGUCCGGCUCUACUCUCUUCUUUUCUAAAGUACGAGUAAUGGACACAUAAGCGCCGAUUGACUGCCAUGCCUUGGGACGUUAGGCCGGUCAAUCUUUGUGCCGUCCGAACUUGCACUGGCUUCCUUGGGCGCCGGUAUCUAGAUCCGCCACUCAGGUGUAGGACACUUUGCGGCUGUCAGCCAUGGGAUCCUUCCAGCGAGGCAGCGUUUAUGGAGAAGCACAGCAGGUUCCCUCCUGCCUCCGACCAUGUCACAAGCUGACACACAGCAGACCAACAAACGACAGGCCGAUGAAGCCAGUCUCGAGCGCGAGAAGGCCAGCGGGAACAACCUCUGGAGCGUCUACAUCUCCGAGGCCGAGAAGUACGAUCAAGGUCUCAUCGAUGGCUGGCGCAGUGAAAUGGACGGCCUGUUGAUCUUCGCUGGUCUCUUUUCUGGCGUUGUAACGACAUUCAUCAUUGAAAGCUACAAGACACUAAGCCUCGACUCGGGCAGUCAAACCCUCGCGCUGCUCGCCCAGAUCUCGCGCCAGCUUGCAAACAUGAACAACGGCACGGCCGUACCAGACGCAUUCCCUCCUCCCGCUGCCUUCUCACCCCCGCUCUCAUCCCUCAUAUGCAAUACACUCUGGUUCACCAGCCUCGCACUCAGCUUGUCGAGUGCCCUCGUCGCGACACUCGUCGAGCAGUGGGCGCGGGAGUACCACCACCGGACUACCAUGUUCUCCUCCCCCUCCAUCCGGUCCCGUGUGUACAUGUAUCUGUACUACGGUUUGCGCCGCUUCAAUAUGCAUCUUGUUGUUGGCAUUCCCCCGCUUCUCCUGCACGCGUCACUAGUCCUGUUCUUUGCAGGUUUAGUGGCUUUUCUCGUGCCCAUCAACAUCAUCAUUAUGGGCAUCUGCUCUGCUCUUCUGUUCCUCUUCGUCUCGGUCUACGGAACGUUCAGUGCACUCCCGCUGUUCUUCUUCGACUGUCCGUACCAAACGCCACUCACGCGAAUCCUAUGGUCGCUGAAACAGACCUUGGGAAGCGUGCUGAAGGCUUAUAUUUGGAAGGCAGCGGCUGUUUGGAAGGCCUAUGUUUGGAGGAGAACUCCUGUGACAGACGCGGAGAAAGCUGCUCAAUCUACUGCGACGAACUCCCGGGGCUCUGUCGAACCUUCAGCACCUGCAGACAGCCGUCCGCAGUCUCGGAGUAUGUUGGACGCCCUGAAAUCAGCGGCGCUGCGUUCCACUGUCGAGACGGAGACCCGGGCACUCGCAUGGACCGUCCGCUCCCUCUCUGAUGAUCAGGAGCUUGAGCCAUUCGUGGAGGGGCUCCCCCAGGCACUGUGGGAUUUCAAAAACAGCAAGCCUCGUAGCGUGUAUCAGGCACAGUUCAUGAAGUUGUUGCGUGACCCGCAAGUGCAACUCAGCCAGCGUCUUACCGAUUUCAUGGCUGGCUGCAACAGUCAUCUGCUCGAGGCGAAGGACCGCCAUCGCCGCCAGCUCUCUGUGCUUCGGGCCAUCUGGGCUGUUUGUGCGUUCUCCCUUCACACGGGGUUCCCUCUGCGAAUUCAGGUUGGAGAGGCUGAAGUGGAAAAGGCGCUGCUCAGCUUGAAAUUUCUCGAUUCUCCUGACGUGCAGACCAUGAUCCCCGACGUGUCUGCCCUUAUCCGUCUGAACAUGAUCGAGUUUCGGCGCCGGGAAUGGGCCCCCACACAGCCGUGCAGCUCUGACAGUGAUAGCUAUGCCGAAGCGGAGAAGCAACGGCAAGCAGGCAUACAUCGGACGUUUGUGGAUUAUCUGUUGGCACUUUCCCAAUGCGCUGCCAGCUUCCAACGGGAGGCGACUACUUCGCUCUUUCACCGGUCACAAAUGCACUUCACGGCGGCGAACGGCUACGAAACGUUGCAAGACGCUCUCAGAGAGCUGAUUCGAUCGGACUCGGACAACGCAGCGGACAACGUCGUCUUUGCUGCUCGCCAGAUGAUCACCCCGUUUGCCCAGACAUCAGAGUAUCCAAAGUGGCUGUACUCUCCCCGUCUUGGGCCGUUCCUUGCCCGACAUCCGUCUCUCGCAGCCUCCGGCCCCAAGUCGGACUCGCAGCCCGAUCCAAAGCAUCAUUACACCCGAGUCCUGUGCCACUGGCUAUGCGACAACUUGACGUUCCGAUCAAAUCCCCAGCCUUCUGUUGACGCUCUCCAGCUGCUUUAUCAGAGUCUGUUUUACUCCUAUGUGCCACCAAGAGACUUCGAUACCCAUCUUUACGUGCUGCGCGCUCUGCGGACUGAAGCAGCCAAAAUCCGCACGCACCGUUUGGCUUUCAUCGUCCAGCGGGUCGCGCUCACAGGUUUCUCCCCAGAUUCGUCGGAAUGGGAGCGAUUGCUGGGUAUCUUCGAGGACGAGGACUGGUUCCGCUCCGUGCUCGGCCUUGACAAUGACAAACGGACGGAGCGGGCAUCGGCACAGCAUGUUUACGACUGUGCAUAUGCGGGUGUUUUGACCACUUUCUUCGAGCAAUGCACCGCCCUGAGUUCAGAUCAAACGGAGCGGGACCUGGACUGGUCGACGCUCGAGUUGGUGCACAACACAGCCAUCUACGCCCCUUCAGUGAUCCCGACUGGACUGCAACGUCGAUUUGCCGACGCUGCCUCUGAAUACAUCCAUAUAUACCCCAAGGACUGUCUUGCGGAUUGGCUCGGCUCGGCGAUUUACUGGGCCGUCGAUGGGCGCAACGGGUGGAUCCAGGAUUUGGAUGCAUUGCGCGUCCUGGACACGGCUGUGUUGGAUGUGCAGACGGGCGAUCAGCAGCAAGAACACCAGACGAAUGCUCAAUUUAUCCGGGAACGGAUGCAGGACCGACUCCAUCCGGAGUACGUUUUCGCCGCCUUUGUCUCGCUCGUGAGUGACGGGGAGUAG